ACCAACUUGUAUUUCCCAUGGCUGCCAGCGACCAGACCUACCACAUCGACCGAGAAAUCGCCGACUUCUUCAAGAAGACCACGACGACUCGCUCAGCCUGUGAUGACUAUGCAAGAGAGCAUCUAGGUGGCAAUGUCGUUCCGGUCGCCGUGCAAGGCGUAUGCAGCUAUACCGUCUACGCUGGACCCAGCGCUGAAUUUGUCGUUCAGUUCCGCUUGGAGUCGCUUCAGCUGAGCAUGCAUACUACAAAUCUCGCCUGGACCAUUUACGGCCCCUAUGUACCCCAGGUUUCCUUUAAGGGGGAGAUUGGGGAGAAUAUGGAGAGUAGGGAGGAGCUUUACAUAUACGUCCUGAGUCGAGUACGAGGGGUUAGCUAUUUGGAUUUUAUCCUGGCGCAUAACAGCCAUGUGCCUGAGAGCUCUCCUCGGUUUUCUUUAUGGCGCAGGAAUCUUGUGGCUGAUAUUGCGAAACCCUUCGCUCUAUCUUGGAAACACCCUCAGGACGUUAACCAAAUGGACCGCGACAACCUCUAUGACCAAUACAAAACAGAACUGAAAGUACUACUCGCUUCUCUCCCAGCUCGAUUCCACCCAUUCAUCCAAGAAUCUCUCAACUCCUUACCAGCCAUCUUCUCUCUCCCCAUGGUUCUCCUGCACAAAGACUUCGGCGUUUGCAAUAUCAUGGUAAAUGAGACUUGCAAUCUAGUCGGGGUGAUUGAUUGGGCCGAAUCCGAGAUUGCCCCGUUUGGUCUAAACCUCUACUCUCAUCAGCGAUUGAUAAGUAAGAUUCACUUGAAGCAUGGCUGGAUCCGAUAUGAUGAUUAUCCCCUUUUGGAGAAGAUUUUCUGGGCUACGUUUAGUGAUAAAGUUGGAGGGUUGGGUGAUGAAACUACCACGGUCAUCAGAGCUGCGAGGAUCAUGGGGUUACUGUUGUCCCGUGGCUUUACCAGUCGUCUGGCGAAUAUGCCGGAGCCAGUGCCGAUUCGUGAUGAUGAAAAUUUGGCGUGA